CUCAGGCCGUCGCCCGGCGGCCGCAGUGUUGGCCGUGAGCCGAGAGGGGGGCGCGUUUUUCUCGCUCCCUCCUUCUCGCCGCCGCCGCCGCGGCUUUUGAGGAACGAGGCUGAGAGGCGGCGGCGCUGGACGCAGAGGCCCGCAUCCCCGAGCACGCCUCGACAGGCGGCCCGGAGGCUCCGACACGUUCUGGAGGAGCGGGAGCGCCGCCGAGGAAAGGGGACGCCGAGGAGGCCGGCGGUCUUCGCUCUGCGCUUUAAAAGUUAUUUCCCAUUUCCUUUUUUAAUCCCGAUUGACUAUUAACUCCUCGCCUGCACUUUUUUUUUUUCUUUUCUGGGAGAGGAGGGGGAGUGUAAGAAAAGAGCGAAGAAAAUAAAAAAGCAUUUCCGCCCAGAAGAACGCUACUGUUCCGAGAGAUUUUUCUUAAAACAGAAGCGGUGUUUGCGGUGGCCGCGGGCGCUCCGAGGCCCUGCUGGCCGGACCAUGAGCGAGUCGGCCUCGGGCUGCUGAGGUGCGGGGACGCGGAAGCGGAGAACAAGGGUGCCCCGCGCUCCCGGGCGAUUCUGUCCGCCGGGUGGCGGCGGCUGCGACGGCUGGAUGGAGCCCGCGACCGCGCCCCGGCCGGACAUGGCGCCGGAGCUGACCCCGGAGGAGGAGCAGGCCACCAAGCAGUUUCUUGAAGAGAUUAACAAGUGGACAGUUCAGUACAAUGUUUCUCCGCUCUCUUGGAAUGUGGCUGUCAAGUUCCUCAUGGCCAGGAAGUUUGAUGUGCUCCGCGCCAUUGAGUUGUUCCACUCCUACAGAGAAACACGAAGGAAGGAAGGCAUUGUGAAGCUGAAACCUCAUGAGGAACCUCUCCGUUCUGAGAUUCUCAGUGGAAAAUUCACUAUCUUAAAUGUUCGGGACCCAACAGGAGCCUCCAUUGCCCUCUUCACUGCCAGAUUGCAUCAUCCCCACAAGUCGGUCCAGCAUGUGGUACUUCAGGCCCUGUUUUACUUGCUAGACAGAGCUGUGGAUAGCUUUGAAACUCAGAGAAAUGGACUGGUGUUUAUCUAUGACAUGUGCGGUUCAAAUUAUGCCAACUUUGAGCUGGAUCUUGGCAAGAAAGUCCUAAACCUGCUGAAGGGAGCAUUCCCGGCUCGUUUGAAGAAGGUGCUGAUCGUGGGAGCACCGAUAUGGUUCCGAGUGCCCUAUUCUAUUAUCAGCCUCCUGUUGAAGGAUAAAGUCCGAGAGAGGAUUCAGAUAUUGAAGACAUCUGAGGUCACCCAGCACCUGCCCAGGGAGUGCCUUCCGGAAAACCUGGGUGGGUACGUCAAAAUUGACCUCGCCAGUUGGAAUUUCCAGUUCCUACCCCAGGUGAACGGCCACCCAGAUCCCUUCGAUGAGAUCAUCCUGUUCUCCCUCCCUCCUGCCUUAGACUGGGACUCGGUGCAUGUUCCAGGUCCCCACGCCAUGACCAUCCAAGAAUUGGUGGACUAUGUUAACACCAGACAAAAGCGGGGGAUAUAUGAGGAAUACGAAGACAUCCGUCGUGAGAACCCUGUUGGCACAUUCCACUGUUCCAUGUCUCCAGGAAACCUAGAGAAGAAUCGCUAUGGGGAUGUACCCUGCCUGGACCAGACUAGAGUGAAGCUGACAAAACGAAGUGGCCACACUCAGACAGAUUACAUUAAUGCCAGUUUCAUGGAUGGUUACAAACAGAAGAAUGCUUACAUUGGUACACAAGGCCCUUUGGAGAAUACUUAUCAUGAUUUCUGGCUCAUGGUUUGGGAACAAAAAGUCUUGGUGAUUGUCAUGACCACCCGCUUUGAGGAGGGCGGCAGGAGAAAGUGUGGUCAGUACUGGCCAUUAGAAAAGGACUCUCGGAUCCGAUUUGGCUUCCUCACAGUGACCAAUUUAGGCGUGGAGAACAUGAACCAUUAUAAGAAAACAACGCUAGAAAUUUACAACACAGAGGAGCGGCAGAAACGCCAGGUGACCCACUUCCAGUUCCUCAGCUGGCCAGAUUAUGGGGUCCCUUCCUCAGCAGCUUCCCUCAUCGACUUCUUGAGAGUGGUCAGGAACCAGCAGAGGUUGGCUGUCAGCAGUCUGGGGGCACGUUCCAAAGGACAGUUCCCUGAGCCACCCAUUGUGGUCCAUUGCAGUGCAGGCAUUGGCAGGACAGGUACCUUCUGCUCACUGGACAUCUGCCUGGCACAGCUGGAGGAGGUUGGCACGCUUAAUGUGUACCAGACGGUGUCCCGCAUGAGGACCCAGAGGGCCUUCAGCAUCCAGACCCCUGAGCAGUACUAUUUUUGCUACAAGGCCAUCCUGGAGUUUGCAGAGAGGGAGGGCAUGGUGCCCUCCUGCCACAACCUGCUGGCCAUGGAGGGUCAGUAACUGUCCCACAAGCCUCCUACCUGCUGGCCAGCCUUCCUUAAACUACCCUGGACACCGCUGAGCCUAUAGGUUGCCAUCAGUUACGCUGAAGCCAUGGACCAACCUCUUUCUCGUGUUUCCCGGCGCACGUGUGCACGCAAGGCAGCCUUUCCCUUUGGCUAGAUAGAUGUGGUGAAAUUGCCACUAGAGAGGGCCAGCAGCAAUGUGUUCUUAAUUCCUAGUACCUGCUAUUGAACUGUGCCUUAUUAAAACCAAAUUGUGGCUAUUUUUGCCAGGGGCCCCCCCAAGGUAAAUGGGGAAGGAAUCUCUCUCCCCCCUUCCCAGUGCCACUCUCCUAGAGGUCUUCUCUCUCCUACUGCUUCCUUUGCUAGGAUUUGAUGAGGAGGUUUGGUGUGCAUCUGCCUUCCUCCCAAGAGAGCUUGACCAAGUUACAUAUUCUAGAGAAUGUCCUGAGUGCCAAGCACGUUUAUACCUGGGGCGUGUAUUCCAGUUUUUUUCUGUCGUUCUGUAUGUGCGUGUGUAUAUGUGCACUUAUGUGUAUGGGUCCAUAUAUAUGUGUGUAUAUAAUAUAUAUUGUUAUGUGAUAAUAUGGUCAUAUUCUAUAAAUACAUAUACACACAGAUACUCCUUUGUAGAAGUUCCUGGGGCUCCGUGUGUACUUCAGGCUUCUGUGCUUCCUGGCUCCUGCUCCUUGUUCUGGAAUAGAUGGGGUUGGGGAUCAUGUCUCCUAUUGUCAGACCACAGAGUGGUGAAAGAGUACAAAUGCACAGGCCCUUAUCCUUAAGUUGUCUCCCUCUAGGAUGCUGCCUGUUGGAGCCAAGAUUACUGGUUUGUGGUGACACUGGUUUUAUUAAGCAUGAAUUGCCCUUAUUUAAAGAUUUUUCUGUUUACUUUGCCAGUUUUGGGAACAGACCUCCACUGUGAUUCCAAACCCUCUCCUUCCUCUCACUACCCCUUGGGGAUGGUAGACUGGAGGUAGAAAUGAACUCACUGAGCAGCUAGAGCCAAAAGCAAUCGGUACGAACUCUUAGAAAGAAAGGGCAAGUCUAGACUAGAAAGGGGAAACUACUAUGAGAAUCCUUUCCUGGGAGGAUGGGCGAGGACCCCCUUUUUCUUUUGCUGGAGGGUUCCCUUCCUUACACAGCUUGGCCCUGCCCAUUCAGAUGCCCCACCUCUCCCUGCUUACUAGCCUGCCAGACCCUUGAGCUCAAGGUGGGUGUGUUCAGUGCUAAUGAAAAACUUAACCCUCCUGGGUGAGGUGGUCCCCUGCAAUCACUCUUUGGCCCCCGACCACCCAACCUUGACUUGCCUGAUUCCAGUCCAUUCAGCCUGAUGUGCCAGGGUUGGAAUUAACAGUCCCCAGUACUCCACAUUCCCAAGAAAAUGCCAGGAACCUGUAAACCUUCAUUCCCCAUCACAGAAGAUGAGGUUGGCAGCUGAUCAGACCUCAAUAGUUUUAUACUGUAAUAAGCUCUUUGAAUGUGUAUAUUCUUAUUUUUACAAUCUUUUCAUUUUGUAUUUAACAUAAAUGGACUGAGUCAGAUUCAGAAAAUAAUUGUAAAUGUUCAUUUUCAGUAUUUUACAGUGAUACAGUUCUGUAUUUACAUAUAAAUAUACCACCUGAUCAAACCCUUCUAGCUUC